GACGACAUCAAGGCUCAGAGCUCUCUCUCUCUCUCAUAUAUAUCAUGGCCGCCGCUGCUCCUGCUGCGCAGCAAAUCACGCUCACAUCUUCCGACAAUGAGUCCUUCCAAGUGGAUCUCGAAGUCGCAGAAAAGUCGGUACUCAUCAAGAACAUGGUGGAGGAUAUCGGCGAAGACGACACUGUGGUGCCCUUGCCAAACGUGAAUGCCAAUGUUCUCAAGAAGGUGCUCGAGUGGUGUGAGCAUCACAGAAAGGACCCAAAUCCAGACAGGGAGGAUGACAAUGCCAAUAAUGCGCUUGCAAAGAAACAAUCAUCCACAGACAUGUCGGAGUGGGACCAAAAGUUCAUGGCAGUGGACCAGGAGAUGCUUUUUGAGAUUAUUUUGGCUGCCAACUACAUGGACAUUAAGCCUUUGCUCGACUGUGGCUGCAAGACUGUCGCCAAUAUGAUCAAGGGAAAGACACCCGAUGAGAUUCGCAAGACUUUCAACAUUGUCAAUGACUUUACACCAGAGGAGGAAGCACAGAUACGCCGCGAGAAUGAAUGGGCAGAGGACCGUUGAAAGAUGCCGAAGCAAUACGAUAUGCUACUCCUGUAUAAGCUAUGAAUACGCGAGAUGAUCUCCCACCUGUACUGUCGUCC